AUGGAAGCCGCCACGGUCCACACUCCCUUGCAGCUUCAGGCAGCCAACCACGCUGUUACCGGCAUGGAUAUCUCGAUGGAUAUUGAUAUGGACCUGGAUUUGGGUCCCGAGCUGAUUCCUGGGCCGAUUGAGCUGGAAGCCGCAGCAACUACAGUGAACAAUGGCUUAUCUGAGGAGUUGAAUUCAACAAUUGCCAAUGAGGACCCGCAAUUUGAGAAGGUCCAUAUACGCGGUGUUGAUGACUUGUCGACGGAUGAUAUUAAACGCUUUGCUGCGGAGCAUUUCAAAGGGGAAGAGCUGGCCAGGGUUGAAUGGAUCGAUGACACUUCAGCCAACAUUAUCUACAACUCUGCAGAAGCUGGCCUGCAGGCCCUUACCGCCUUUACGCAGCAGUCCGUUGAGGAAGGUGAUUCGGCGCUGCCCUCGCUCCGCCUGCGUUCGGCCAAAGCACUCUCCACGCACCCGGACUCUGUGCUGCAGGUGAGAUCGGCGGUGAAGACGGAUCGCAAGAAAAAGAGGGCGCACGAAGCGAGCCGGUUUUAUCUGAUGCAUCCCGAGCACGACCCCAGAGAGAGAAUGAGGCGAGAAUUUGCCGAACGGCGCCGCUCCGGCCGCCGCGACGACAGCACGGGAGAUUACAACAGACGUCGCUUUGACGAUAGGGAGCACCGACGCCGCAGGGGCCUGGCCAGUAACGAUAGGUUUGACGAGACCAUGUACGACGAUAGCGAGGAGCCGAGCCGGGGGUCCAGUGGCGAUAGAACUCGCGGAAGACGCAAGACCAUCGACGAUUUGUUUCCCGAUCGCUCAGAGAGGUCAUCUGGUCGAUUGCGCGAUCGCAGUGCGUCCCCCGUCUGUGCAGAGUUCGAGGAUAUCACCGGCCUCGGCGACGAUCGUAGGGCGUCCAGUAGACGCUUUCGAGACCGAUCACCCCAGCACAGCAGGGAUAGGAACGGAUAUUCUCGCCUCAAUGCUGGAAAGGAGCUUUUUGCCUCUGCAAACGCUUCUAGUGAUGAGAGUUCUGGCCGCCGAGAGUUGUUCCCCAAUAAGACGGCUUCCAGCUACCUCAAGAAGGAGUUGUUUCCAAAAAGUACCAUGAGCAAUCAUCGCCGCUCCGACGCUUUCGACGCCGCGGACGAGACGGCUGAUCUAUUCGCUAAGCGUAUUACCGUUCCCCUUGUCGACGGAGCCGGUGACGUUGACCAUGAAAUGAAUGCCGAGGGGCAGGGUCGUCGUGGCGUCGAACUCUUCCCUGGUCAUAUAUCUGGUCCAACCAAGUCAUUCAAGAUCCGCGGGAAGUCUGAUAAUCCAGGGUUCUCUAUCCGCGGGAAUGCAGACAACCUAGACAACGGGAUAUCCAUCAGGGGAGCUGCUUCCGUCAGAGAACUAUUCCCUUCCAAAUACACUGGGAAUGAAGGGAAAGAAUUGUUUUCUGACAAGCUUGAGGGCCGCGGAGGAAGACGCAGAAAGGCGGAAGAUAUGUUUUCCUAA